UAUUCGGAUGCCUCAGACACGCGGACACGCCCGCCGCAGGCCUGUCCGUGCGCCGUUUCUCUGCCAAAGUCACAGCAGAAACUUCCUGUCUCAGAUCAACAAACAGACGGAUUCACCUCAGAGAAAAUGAGAGUUCAGAUCGCGCUGCUGCUCUUGGUUCUGGUGGUCGGACUUCAGGCACAGACAGCGCCUCCUCACGGGGAGCGUCCAGUUAUACCAGACGACAAAUUCUUUCAAAUUAUGGACGCUCAGGAGACCGACUCAAAGGCGCCAGACAACAACAACAACAACAACAACAACAACAACAACAACAACAACAACAACGACGACGACGACGAUGAUAAAGGCUCCAAGAAAUAAAGGG